CAGAAUGACAUGGUAGUAACACGGGAGAGCUUGACCUUGCACUGAUUGUAUCUUUGCUCUCUGACCAUGUAGGAUAAAAACACACACACACACACACUCGUGGAACCCUGGAGCAGAUGAUGUGAAAGUGCUGUUUAACUUCUGAUUCAACAAAUACUCUGCAAAGAACAAGUCAGAGCGUCAGUGCUGCCUGACUAUUUUCCAACACCACAGAGGAAAGAAAAACAGACGGACGGAGAUGGAGACGAGCACGCCUCCAAAGGCCCAGAGAUUCACAGCAGAAGAAGAAAAUGCACUGGUAUCCCAGGUACUGGAGAUCAUUGGUGGGAUCACUCUUGAGGCCUUACAGACCCUAGAUCAGCCUGAUGAGAGAGAUGUGUGGCCGAUGGAGGAGGGGGAUGACUCGGUGUUCUACAGCGAUGAGGACCAAACUCAUUGGGACGUAAAAGCAUCUUGUGAUUUUGGCGUUGACGUGAGCGAGCAUCUUGUCAAAAGCGAAGCAGCUGAGGAACCUACCCCGCAGAGGGAGGGUGACCCAGGAACAGAAAUCUUUACUGACAAAGAGAUGGAGAAGGAGGUGACUUCCCAGGUCAUUCAGACCAAACAAGAAGAGGAACGCCAAGAGCUCCAGACACCAAAAACUGAACAGAUGUAUCAGUCAGAUUUUGCAGAUCAAGGAGCAGAUAACUCAGUGAGCACCAGUGGAGAAUGUCUGCAAACAAACUGCACAAAUGCAGAUAUGCAAACACAGCCUGGGCAGAACAUAUCAUCAGAAAAAGCAAAUCUACAAGAUAAGGAGGAAGAAGUGGUGCUAGAGGCUCAGACACUAAACCUGGAACCCUUUGAUGUAACUAAUGAGGCGAGUCAUACAAGGCUGAAUGGAGGGGCAGAAGUCCCAAAAGAGAUGUCUAGUGCUGAACUCCACAUAUCAGGCGACAGACAGCUUGAGGUAGACCAGGAGCCAGAGCAGGAAUGCAACUCGCAUGUUCCUGUGGGGUUUCAUCAGGGCCCCAGUCCAGGCUACUCCACCCUGCCCCUGCCGAAGAAAUCCAGCGACAGCGACUGUCACCAGAAAUCCUUCGACCACCUCACCUCCUCCAAAUACAGCACCGUGUCCUAUCGCAAGAUCCGUAGAGGCAACACCCGCCAGAAGAUAGAGGAGUUUGAGUACAUGAUAAUGAAUUUAUGAGAAGAUGGUUUCAGUUCCCCUUUUCAGGAAAAUAAAAACUGCUGGCUGUGAUCGAUAACAAAAACUGGCACUAAAGGAAACUGAUUGUACCUGUUUUCCACAUGUUACACAGUUUACAUAUUAGUUCUAAAAUCUACUUGGAGAUAGUAUUAACACACACACUGACAUAACAUUUGACAUAACGCACACACAACCUGACACACAAGAUUUUUUUUCCCCGUUUGGUUUUAGCACAAAAAUACUUGUUGUGUAAGGCAGGUACUUGAACAGCAGAUUAAGUAAAUAAGAAGCUCUGUGGUUUAUAAUCCUACAAGCUAUGUUGUUUGGUAUUAGAGCUUCGGUGUCUGAAACUCUGGAGAGAGUACUGAAGCUAUUAGAGUAAGCAUUUUCAGGUGAUUAAUGGAGCAUACAUACUUACAUGUCCUAAUGGCUAGUGGACAAAAAAAAUAAUAAUAAAGAGGCACAUGCUAUUAAAUCUU